AUCUCCCCUUCAAACGAAACAAGGGGCCAGAUGAUGAAGCAUGUGAGAGAUGGGGACAAGGCAUUCUCAGGCCAGAAUCUGGGUUUGUAACCUCCUCCAGGCCAGUUCACCCAAGGCUUCCUCUGGGGAAUCCGUAUCUUAAUUCAAAGGCAGCUCCAGUCCCGCCAAGCCCCAGUCCCUCUGCCCCUCCUUGGAAUGGAGCCAGUGCCACCCCCUCUAGUCUCUCACCUGAAUGGCAAUUGGCACUACCAGUUCCGGAUCAUCCUCCUGGGGGAUUCCACUGUGGGCAAGUCCUCCCUGCUGAGGCGCUACACCGAGGGGUCCUUCAUCCCGGCUCCCUGCCCCACCGUGGGAGUGGAAUUCUACAGCAAGAUGAUGGAGCUGCCUCCGGGCAUCAAGGUGAAGCUGCAGCUUUGGGACACAGCCGGCCAGGAGAGAUUCAGAUGCAUCACCAGAUCUUUCUAUCGGAACGCCGUGGGAGUGCUGCUGGUGUUCGACAUGACCAACCGUAAGUCCUUCGAGCACAUCAUUGAGUGGUACCAUGAAGUGGCCAGCAUCCAGAUUAUGGAGAAGGUCAUCUUCCUCCUGAUUGGCCACAAAAGUGACUUGAAAUCAGACUGCAAAAUCUCCACCGAAGAGGCAGAGGGGCUGGCAGCCUCCCUGGGCAUCGGUUUCAUUGAAACAUCUGCCAAAAGCAACACCAAUGUAGACUUGGCCUUUGAGACCUUGACCAACACCAUCUAUGAGGCUCUGAAGAACAAGGAGAUCGAUCUGCAGGAAGGCUGGGACGGGGUGAAGGUGAUUCACAAGAGAACCUGCAACCCCCAGAAGAAGAGGCGAAAACCUCAAGAAAAAUGCCAGUGUUAACCCAGAAGUUAGGGACUAGGACCUGGCGUAGGGGAUCGAAUUGGUGGAGGAGGGACUGGAUGAGCCGAUUCAGAAAUAAAUUAGGGAUGGGCCUGAGAUGUACAGUUGGAGGUUCAGGGGGAUGGGAGUUCAGUUUGUCUCUAGGGAAAAUAAAAACCUCCAGGACUUGCUUUCACCCAUAGUAGAUUAAGUCCAUCAGAAUAGUAAAAAGUGCACUACUGUCCCCUUCAGGUGGAGAACAGGGAAUCCAGGACCAGUGAUGCAACAUUGACUAGCUGCUAGAGGCUUUCCCUUGGUUCUUAGCAGGGGAAAUCCCUUUUGAUACACUGCAGCACUGGCUCUAAAACUUUUUAAUAUUUUUUAACUGAAUUUUAGGACUAGAAAAAUCUUUAGGUAUCUAGGAGUGCAGCUCUUAAAACAUACAUGUGAAUGCAUCAAAUACAUCAAACAAUUGAGCAAGUCAGUGGGGCCUUGAUCCUUAGUAGGGUCCCCAGAGUGGUAUUGCAUUACAAGGGAUCAAAUCCAAAACCCUUGCUUUAUUGAAACAUCCCAAAGACUUCAGCUUUACAAAGAAACCAUCAUGGCCUGAUUUUGGGUGCCGAAAGAACAUGGUGAGUGGAAGAAUUCUCAGGAUAUGAGGAAGCCGAUUAGAUGUUUCCAGAGGGUGGAAUUCAGUUGCAGUCCUCAGUGCAGAGGGGUGAGAGUCACCCCUUUGCAAAGGGGCAGUCUCAUGCUUAGGCACUCUUUUAAUUAAUUCAUUAAUUUUAGAAUAAAUUGCUCAGUUUCUAGUGUAACCCUAUGCUAUUUGGUCUAGACUGAGGAGGCCUUAAAAGUACAGUAUUAGUAUUCCACCAAGGUCGGGGCCGCAUUCUACCAUGUGCUAUACCAACAUAUAGUAAGAGGGGA